AAUGAAGGGGGUAUCCGUGAGCUGGGUGUGCAUGUGAACCACGACCAAUCUUGGAAGUGUACUCCGCAUGGAGAAAACCGAGUGCAGGAAAUCCGGACUGGUCCGAAUGGUAUUCCGAACUCCGCAUAUUUUAAUGGCGGAAAAUUCCGUCUCUGGAUCCGAGAUUUCACUACACUUGUCUAAAUACACGGUUAUUGAUUUAUAUUUCCAAGAAUAACCCUGAUGUCCGCUAUACAAAAUGGAAGCAGGGUAGGAUAAUCUGGUCAAUGGAAUAGAGACCCAUUUCCAUUUUUAUCGUCUAAUCGAGCAAUUGACGCUUGUAGCAUUACCAUAGAAAGAAAAAGAAGUUUCCAUUUUGUUGAUAGGCAGGUCGGGUUUGCUCGUCCGUUCUUACAUGGACUUGGAUUUCGUUUUGUAAGUUGAGGAUUGCUCGUUUCUUAUGGUUAUGGUAGGCUAGUGGUUGGAAUCUGGAAAAAUUAUUGAUAUGGGUAAAUUCCGGCGUUCGGAUUUGCGUUGUGAGUUUUGUUUACGAUUGAAGAUUAAAUCUUUGGAAGAGAAAUCGAAAUGCAUUUAUUGAGUUUGACGUUAUUAAAUUUUUUUUUUUGCUGUAAUUUAAUGAGAAUUUGGAGUUUGAGAGAAGAAGCUGUUUAAUUAUUAGGGGAUUCAGUUGUAUUUAAUGGGAUCUAGAGUUUGAAGUGCAGAUCCAGGUAAGAUUGAAGUUGAGUUGACAGAUUUGGAAAUUUGAGUGAUUAUCGCCAAUUUGUUGUUGAACUGUGAGAUAAAGGUCGAUUGAAUGCAUCUUGUAUUUGUUCAGUUUUCUAGUCACGAAGUCUUACGAUUUGGUCCGGGUGAUUAUCUACGUGGAUCUUAGAUCAUGUCAUUGGUUUAGUUUGAAUUUCGGAAUACGAAAUCCACAUUUCUGUAGAAUCUUGUUUUGUUGCGGAAAAUGUGUUGUGCGUUUUGGAAGUAGAGUCAUCGUAUUGCAAAGCCAUGACAUUGGCGCCGCCUGGGUUUUAAAGCAUGGCGGCUUUUCCACGGACACUUGCCUCCAUUGUAAUCUCAGUGGGAGGACUAGCUCUGUUUCUAAUUUUUGCAUCGUGGCUUCUAAUUUCUUAUCCCAGUGGUUCCACUUUUCAAGGUAUUGAUCAUUCGAGCAAAGUCGGGUUGCCAUUGCCUCUUGGUAACGAUACCGCAGUUGUGAUUUCUCAGAAUUAUUCUCAAAUUGGUAAUUCAGAUGCUAUAAACUUGAAAUCCUCAUCUGGUUCAGGUGAAAAAACGAAAUUGGUUUCCACGGAUUCAAGUAGAGGAGUGGAACCCGUAAAUCAACAAAAACCUGAGGUGCCAACAAGUAGUUCUGUUAUUCCCAAUGUUUUAGUGACCAAGGAGACUUCUAACCAUACAGCUCAAGAUUUGUUAAAUGACACUGGUAGAGUUUACACGGAAAAAGAUAAUGGUGCCUCAGUUUCUUCUUCCUCUUCACCCCUACCACCAAAGAAAACUAGCCAAGUGAAUACAGUUGAAUCAGGGAUAUGCGACCUGUACAAUGGAAAAUGGUUCUAUGAUUCAUCCGGGCCCUUAUAUACGAACAACUCUUGUCCUGUCCUAACACAGAUGCAGAACUGCCAGGGAAAUGGGAGGCCUGACAAGGAUUAUGAGAACUGGCGAUGGAAACCAUCAGGGUGUGAUCUCCCUCGGUUCAAUACCAGCAAAUUCCUGGAGUUGAUGAGAGGGAAGACUCUAGCAUUCAUUGGAGACUCAGUUGCUCGGAACCAGAUGGAAUCUAUGCUAUGCAUCCUCUGGCAGGUUGAAGCUCCAAGAAACCGUGGCAACAAGAGAAUGCAGCGCUGGUAUUUCAAGUCAACCUCUACUACCAUUGUCCGGAUAUGGUCAUCCUGGCUAGUCCACAAAACUUCAGAACCUUUUGACUUUGCUCCUGAGGGGGUGGUAAAGCUUCACCUUGAUGCACCGGAUGAAGAUUUUUUGGAUUUUCUCCCAAGCUUUGAUGUGGUUGUCCUCUCCUCUGGCCAUUGGUUUGCCAAACAAUCGGUUUACAUAUUCAACAAUGAGAUCGUUGGAGGACAGUUAUGGUGGCCAGACAAGUCCCGCCCAAAGAAAAUUGAUAACGUUGAAGCUUUUGGGAUCUCUGUUGAGACAAUUCUCACCGCUAUUGCAACCCACCCUAAUUAUACAGGCCUGACCAUAGUCCGUUCCUAUUCACCUGAUCAUUAUGAGGGUGGAGCCUGGAACACAGGAGGGUCAUGCACGGGAAAGACAAAGCCUGCCUUGGAAGGUGAACUGGUACAAAAUGGUUUUACUGAUGUGAUGCAUGAGAAACAGGUGGUAGGUUUCAAUCGUGCACUCAAGAAGUUAUCAAACCGUUCGAAAUUGAAGUUGAUGGAUAUCACGAAAGCAUUUGGAUACCGUCAUGAUGGGCACCCUGGACCAUAUCGCAACCCUGAUCCAAACAAGAUCACAAAACGUGGCCCAGAUGGCAAGCCCCCGCCACAGGAUUGUUUGCACUGGUGCAUGCCGGGUCCAGUUGAUACAUGGAACGAACUUGUCCUUGAAAUCAUAAGGCGACAAUUUGACGGUACUGGAAGAUAUUCUACAUGAGAUACAUUGGGUGCCUUCUUGGUUGACCAUCUGUUCCCUUGUAAUUUUUUUUUUUUUUCUGUAAAUGAUAAUUUUCCUUUUAAGUCGAACCAAACUAUCAGGAAGAGCAAGACUAGCAAAAUCCUCUACACGCUUUAGAAAAUUUCUGUAGUAAAGCUGUGAUAAUCAGUUGCUAGGUUAAUUAUUGAGGUAAUUUAACCUAGCAACGGUUCCUAUUUCUUCUUUGGCGCAACGGUUGGGUUACUCCCAUUGAAGUUAAUUAUUGUGAUAAAUGUCCUCUUCAAAUUAA